AUGUCUUCUUACGGUGGCGGUUAUCAGCGCGAGUCGCGCGGCGAUUCUUAUCGAGGUGGUCACGAUGGCGGUUAUCAAAAUGGCAACGGCUACUCUGGCGGUGGUGGCUACGGCGGUGGCUAUGGCGGUGGCUAUGGUCGCGGUGGAGGUGCCGCUGGUGGUGAUCGCAUGUCGAACCUGGGCGCUGGCUUGAAGAAGCAAGAUUGGGAUUUGGACACUCUUCCCAAGUUCGAAAAGUCAUUCUACAAGGAGCAUCCCGAUGUUGCCGCUCGCUCUGAGCGCGAGGUUGAGGAGUUCCGCAAGAAGCACGAGAUGACUGUACAGGGACGCAAUGUGCCUCGUCCCGUCGAGAAUUUCGACGAGGCUGGGUUCCCCCAGUACGUCCUGAGUGAGGUCAAGGCUGAAGGCUUCGAGCGUCCCACUGCCAUUCAGUCUCAGGGUUGGCCUAUGGCUCUUUCUGGUCGGGAUGUCGUCGGUAUCGCCGAAACUGGUUCCGGAAAGACCCUCACCUACUGUCUCCCUGCCAUCGUUCACAUCAACGCUCAGCCUCUCCUCGCUCCUGGCGAUGGUCCCAUCGUUCUCAUCCUUGCUCCUACCCGUGAGCUUGCUGUUCAGAUCCAAACCGAAAUUAGCAAGUUCGGAAAGUCUUCCCGGAUUCGCAACACUUGCGUCUACGGUGGUGUUCCCAAGGGUCCUCAGAUUCGUGAUCUAAGCCGCGGUGUCGAAGUCUGCAUCGCAACCCCUGGUCGUCUGAUCGACAUGCUGGAAGCUGGCCGGACCAACCUCCGCCGUGUCACUUACCUCGUUCUUGACGAAGCUGACCGCAUGCUGGACAUGGGUUUCGAACCUCAGAUUCGCAAGAUCAUUUCUCAGAUUCGUCCUGACAGACAGACCUGCAUGUGGUCCGCCACUUGGCCCAAGGAAGUCCGUCAGCUCGCUACUGACUUCCUGAACGACUACAUCCAGGUGAACAUCGGUUCCAUGGACUUGUCUGCUAACCACAGAAUUACUCAAAUUGUCGAGGUCGUUUCCGACUUUGAGAAGCGCGACAAGAUGAUCAAGCACCUCGAGAAAAUCAUGGAAAACCGUGGCAACAAGUGUCUCAUUUUCACCGGCACUAAGCGCAUUGCUGAUGAGAUUACUCGCUUCCUCCGCCAGGACGGAUGGCCCGCACUUUCUAUCCACGGCGACAAGCAACAACAAGAAAGAGAUUGGGUCUUGAACGAAUUCAAGGCGGGCAAGAGCCCAAUCAUGGUGGCCACUGAUGUGGCUUCCCGUGGUAUUGGCCUCGUUGCUAUUUUCACUAAUGCUCUGUUUGCUAACCUGAAUCUGUUUAAAGAUGUUCGCGACAUCACUCAUGUGCUGAACUAUGACUAUCCCAACAACUCGGAGGACUACAUUCACCGUAUUGGUCGAACUGGUCGUGCUGGUGCGAAGGGAACUGCCAUUACCUUCUUCACCACUGAAAACUCCAAGCAGGCUCGUGACUUGGUUACUAUCCUCACUGAGGCCAAGCAGCAGAUUGACCCCCGUCUCGCUGAGAUGGUACGCUACAGCGGCGGCGGUGGCGGUCACGGCGGUUACGGCCGCUGGGGUGGCCGCGGUGGUGGUCGCGGCGGUGGUCGUGGUCGUGGUGGUAGCUACACCGCUUCCAACACUGCCCCGCUUGGCAACGCUCGCCGUUGGUAA